AGUCAACGAAGAAGGACCACCCUUGAUAAAAUGAUGAAGUUCGCAACAAGUCUCAUUAUCCUUCUGACACUGAUGGUCACAGCAAAGGCCGAUGUGGAUCCUCACGACUUCUUCCGCAGGUCAACACAAUCACGUGCAAAUAUGUUGGCUAGCGGUAUGGUUACUGACAAUUCCGCUGUCCCCGUGGAGGAACUCGACCCGAACUUUUGGCGUAAAUCGGCGAAUGAUGAAAUUAAGAAACGUCUGGCCGACAACCCAAAUACCAACAAAGCAAAGAAUAUCAUCUUCUUCCUUGGUGAUGGCAUGUCGCUAACCACGGUUACCUCGGCGCGUAUACUCAAGGGACAGCGCGAAGGUAAAACGGGUGAGGAGUCACAGCUGAGCUUUGAAAAAUUUCCCUACACCGGCUUGAGCAGAACCUAUUGUGCUAAUGCUCAAGUACCUGAUUCGGCGUGUACAUCGACCGCUUACCUCGCAGGCGUUAAAACCAAUAUUCUGUCAUUGGGUAUUGGCCCAAGUGUGAACUAUAACGACUGUGAGGGAUCUAUGGAUCCGGCUAAUGAUCUUACAUCUCUCUACGAUUGGGCACAGGCAGCUGGUAAGUCUACCGGUUUCGUCACUACAACCUCGUUGACACAUGCCAGUCCCAGUGGCGGUUAUGCGCACGUCGCCAAUCGUAUGUGGGAGUGCGAUACCGAUGUACGCACCUAUCUCGGCGACGAUUACACAUCGGAUUGUAUCGAUAUUGCCACACAGUUGAUUACUGAAGAACCGGGACGUAAACUGGAUUUCAUAAUGGGUGGUGGUAUUGGUAAAUUUUUACCCAAAACCAUGAUCGAUCCAUUCGGUAAUGCCGGUGAACGUUCGGAUGGUAAGAAUUUGCUCUCCGAAUGGCAACGCCGUCACGAUGGUGGCGUCUUCGUCAGCAGUCGCAAACAGAUGAAUGCAAUCAAUAUUGAAAAAGCCACAAGCGUUUUGGGUAUCUUCCAAUCGAAAUUGAUGAAUUACCAUCUUCAUGCUACCGAAAGUGAGCCAACCCUAGCCGAAAUGACCGAAACGGCAAUCAAGUUUUUGCGUAAGAACGAUAAUGGUUACUUCGUAUUCAUUGAGGGUGGCCUCAUCGAUUAUGGCAAUCACGCAAAUAAGCCCGGCCUCAGUCUUGAUGAGACUUUAGAAUUUGCAAAAGCUAUCGAGUUGGCGCGUAAUUUGACAGAUCCCGAAGAUACGCUCAUUGUUGUCACAUCUGAUCACGCCCAUCCACUCAGCAUCUCCGGUUAUCCCGAACGUGGCAAUGAUAUUUUGAAUAUCAACAAGAUCGGCUAUGACAAGAGCGGCGUACAUUAUGCCACGCUCAAUUAUGCAGCUGGUCCUCAGCAAUACCUGGAUGAAUAUGGCAAUCGCAUCGAAUUGGAAGGUCAAUUCGGUGAUCCAGAUUUCAUCUUCCCCAGUUACAUUAGCGCUAAUGAUGGUGUGCAUGGUGGUGAUGAUGUAGGCGUAUUCGCUUCCGGCCCCUGGGAGCAUCUCUUCCGUGGUGUACUCCAACAGAAUACUCUGCCACAUAUAAUGGCUUAUGCCGCCUGUAUUGGUGAUGGCGCUAAAGCUUGCGAUUAA